UUCCUUUUGAUAUCCAAAUCAGACGUUCAUCGGCAUUUUACUUCCGUCCAACCAACAGAAACAUUCUAUUCCUAAAAAAAAUUUCACAAAAUUUCGGUAUUACGUAAAAUGAUAGGCCUUCAAAAAAAGCGACCAGCCGCCGGAGAAUACGUAGUGCCAAACAAUUCGGUUCUAAAUCUGCAGCAAAAGCCCGGUCUCUACGAUCACACGCCCAACCAAAUGGAGAAGACCACCAAGUGUCGCUACUGCGAGAACAUGGCCAAGAACUUCCUGUACCUGGAGAGCCUGAUUCGGAACAACAAGGAUAACGACAAGAGCCAAGCCAAGUGCAGCUUGUGCAACUCGUCGCUCAAGUAUUUGGAGUAUGUCAAUCGCAAUAUUCGCCAGGUAUUCGGCAACUUCGAUGCAAUUGUCCAGGCGGAUCGUGCUCUGCAAUCCAAGCCGGCCAUGAUGCCUAAAUACUCUGUGGGCCCGGCUCCGGAAACGCCUGAUCUGCGCUCCAAGGGCGGUGCCAUUGUCACCCAGCAAAAGUCGGCCAAAAGCCUCAAGUCCAAGAGCUUGAAAUCCCUCAAAUCGAAGACCAAGGAGAAGGGCCUCAGAAGCCAGAAAUCAUUGAAGACUCUUAAAUCGCGCAAAUCUUCCAAGUCGCUCAAGUCCUCCAAGUCCACGAAGUCGACAAAGUCGGGCAAAUCGCAGAAGUCAUCCCUCAAGCUAUCCAAGAAAAGUCCAGCCAAACCGAAGAGCACGAGUCCCAGGAGCCAAAUCAGCCAUGGCAAGAUGAUAUUGAAGCGCAAAUUCCGUAGCAAGGUGGCCAGCAAGUUGACCGGCAACAAAGUGGUUCGCAGUGUUAGUCAGUAUCGCGCCUUAAGUUCCGCCCGCUCCAAACUCUCGAAGGGAUCGAGUCACAAGAAGCUGGUCAAGCAGAGGUCCGCUCCUCCACCGACCAGCAUCAACUGGCAGCUACUCAAACGGAAUCUGCCCAAGCGGCCCAAUCCAGUGAAGUAGUAGUUGAAAAGAUGACCGGGGAUUAGUAGAUUAGUAGAUUGUCCUGAAAUCCAAUGCGUCCAACAAAACUCUUAUCUCGUACGUCAAAAUUCUUCAAGUGAUCUUUGCAUAAAUAAACCCAAGAAGGCAUAGUUUAAUAAAAA